ACUCUCUUCCGGUCUCUAUCGUGUCAGCUUCAGGAGGAAGAUGACGAAGGGAACGUCGUCCUUUGGGAAGCGCCGGAAUAAGACGCACACACUGUGCCGUCGAUGCGGCUCAAAGGCUUACCACCUUCAGAAAUCAACCUGCGGGAAGUGCGGAUAUCCCUCCAAACGGAAGAGAAAGUACAACUGGAGUGCUAAGGCCAAGAGACGCAGCACCACUGGAACAGGUCGCAUGAGGCACCUGAAGGUGGUGUACCGCAGGUUCAGAAAUGGAUUCCGUGAAGGAACAACACCCAAGCCGAAAAGGGCCGCUGUGGCUGCCUCCAGCUCUUCUUAAGCUGAAUUUAAAAUAAAUAUGCGAUUUAAAGUGAA